UACAGCUGUGCAUCUGAAUUAUACUAUAGUCAUGUAACCGAUUAAGUUCAGUGUUCGUUUAGUUUGCGAAGUGUUAGCUGUCUAGAUAGUCGAUUAUAGUCCAAGUGACUCUAUCCGGUUAAAAGGUUUUUUUCGCGACUAUGGCAGCAACAUCAGGAGAUGAUUUUUUCGAUGUUAUAAUUUCCGUGGUAAUUAGCCUUCUGGCAUGGCCCGUCACUUACUUCGUAGACCAGACCGUAAUAAAUUUAGACGAAGAUAAACAUACACUGGUUCUCAUGAGUAUUGGUUUUGUUAUACUAGUUGGUACCGGUGUUGUCGUCAAAUACUUUAACAAGCAGAAGGACUGGAUGAAAUAUGUAUUCAUCGUGUUCGCCUUCACUGCUGUUAUUGAUUUAAUAAUCGGUCUCGAGUUGAAGGGCUGGAUUAGCGGUUUCAUGUCACUGUAUCUAUCGAUCGGUGAACCAUAUUUGAGUUCACCGUGGGGCUGUGCAAUAGUGAUCUUCGAUGGAACAUUUUUCUAUGUCAUGUAUCUUAUGCUUAUUCACAACAUGUCUAACAAUAAGUCAUGGCGAAGCGUUGGUAUUUACUGGGUAAGUGGAAUAGUUAACUCGAUGAUAGUUCUACUAUUUGGCGUCGCGUCGGGAAAACAUUCACCGACAUUUUGUACUUUUCUAAAUGUACCAUACGCAGUGUUUCCGGUUGUCGUUGGGAUAAGAUUAUUUUCUAAAGAAAAAGAUAUAAGCUGGAACGUGGAUCGUUUAAGAUCGAAUGGAGUACUGGCUGACAUAGCCGUUUCGAUUGGCUUAGUUUAUUCCAUCUGGGUCGUAUUUGCUAAAGGAAUGCUGUCGAUUGGGUCCCAAUUUAGAAUAUUUCAAGAUUUACUAAGUCAUGAGCGAGCACUUCUAGACGUAAAUCCGGCCCCAUUUGCAAUAAUUCAGAGUGUAGUAUCUCUGCUCUACGCUCUGCCGAUUCUAAUAGUUUCACUGGUGUACAUUUUUCGGCAACGGAAGCCACAGUUUGUUUGGGAUUUGGCUUUAAUUAAUGGAGGUUUGCUGUUACAGGCUCAAUUUAGUUUUAUCUUAACUGCACUCGAUUCUGAAACUUCGGCAACGUUAAGAAGUGAUCCGUUGGACCUGAUGUUUUGGUUGAAUAAUUUAAUUUUAUUGUUAGCACCACAGGCAUUUCUUUGGAGUUUAUAUAAGAGUAAUGUUCGAAAUGUUGCUAGUAGUAAGCAAGUGAAGAAGAAUAAAUAAAGAAAUAAAAUGUUUUCGUU